UUGUGUCGCAGACUUCGUGGAAAUUGAGCACCCCACGGGCAAUUGGCCAUAGCUUCACCUGCCGCCCUACGUCACCGAACGCCUUAUUUCCAGCUCUAUCCGCACUCCGAAGCCGUUCGACGAGCUGACGAGAGGUUGACGUGCUCGUCAACGAACCGAGGCUAUCUAACAAUCUCUCCCUCUGUCAUUGAGCAAUUGACUCCGCUAUCCACACCACAAUGCGCUCCUUCGCAGCAGCUACACGAUCCAUUGCGCGCCAGCAGACAACCUGCAGAAGCAGCUUCCAGCGACACACUCUGCCCGCUAUCGUAUCAAGAGGGUACUCGAGCAAGAUGGGUCACAAUGUGCCUGCCCUCAAGGACCCGUCGCUCCUCAAAAGUCAAACGUAUGUCAACGGCGAAUGGAUAGACGCCAAAUCCGGCAAGACCUUCGAGAUCCACGACCCAGCGACCGGAGAGCUUAUCGGCACCCAGCCUGAGAUGGACCGCGCCGACACUGAGGCCGCCAUUGCUGCCGCUGCAGCUGCUCUGCCCUCGUUCCGCAAGUUGACCGGCCGCGAGCGAUCACGACUUUUGCGAAAGUGGUACCAGCUGAUGACCGAGAAUGCCGACGACCUUGCGACGCUUAUCACAUGGGAGAACGGAAAACCGUUGGCCGACGCGAAGGGCGAGGUCUCGUAUGCGGCGAGCUUCUUCGAGUGGUUCUCUGAGGAGGCACCGAGGGUAUACGGUAACACGAUCCCCUCGAGCACUGCCACAAACAGGGUGUUCACAGUCAAGGAGCCGGUGGGUGUCUGCGGACUGAUCACGCCGUGGAACUUUCCUGCUGCUAUGAUCACCCGCAAGAUUGGCCCCGCUCUGGCGGCUGGCUGCACCGUCGUUGCAAAGUCUCCUGGCGAGACACCGUUCACAGCAGCAGCUCUGGCUGAGCUAGCACACCGUGCAGGUAUCCCUAAGGGUGUUGUCAACUUCGUCACAGCUCUGGAGAACACACCUGAAGUUGGCGAGACCAUUACAACAAGCAAGACAGUCAAGAAGGUCUCCUUCACAGGCUCUACUGGUGUAGGAAAGCUCUUGAUGAAGCAGUCUUCAUCGACUCUCAAGAAGCUGUCCUUUGAGCUCGGCGGUAACGCGCCUUUCAUUGUCUUCGACGACGCCGACGUCGAGACGGCCGUAGCUGGAGCCAUUGCCUCCAAGUUCCGCUCCUCAGGCCAGACUUGCGUGUGCGCCAACAGAAUCUACAUCCAGUCCGGUAUUUACGACCAGUUCGCCGAGAAGUUUACCGAGAAGGUCAAGGGCUUCAAGGUCGGUGCAGGUUUCACUGAGGGUGUAACUCACGGCCCCGUCAUCCACGAUCGCGCGGCGAAGAAGGUUGACGACCAUGUCCAAGAUGCUGUUAAGAAUGGCGGCAAGGUCCUCAUUGGCGGACAGAAACUCCCGGACCUGGGCAGCUCUUUCUACCAGCCCACAGUCAUUCGCGACAUGACCGCCGACAUGCAGCUCGCACAUGAGGAGACGUUUGGUCCUGUCGCAGGUCUGUUCAAGUUCGACACCGAAGCCGAUGUUGUCGAAUUGGCAAACGCAGCGGAUGUUGGUCUUGCGGGAUAUUUCUUCAGCAGGGACAUUCAAAGGGUCUACAGGGUCGCUGAGGCCCUAGAGGUCGGCAUGGUCGGUGUGAACACGGGGCUGAUUUCAGACCCUGCAGCGCCCUUUGGUGGUGUCAAGGAAUCCGGUUUCGGCCGUGAGGGCAGUAUGCUGGGUAUCGAAGAGUAUGUGACAACGAAGACGAUUACGAUAGGCGGGAACGGGCAGCCUCUGCAAGGACAGUAGAUGCAAGAUGAUGUAGCAACGAGAAUUGCAAGAUACCACUUUCAGCCCGUGGGCCUUCUGCUUGUAAGGGGGGUGGAGGGGAAUCUACAUUCGUAAGUGCAGGCAGGGUUCUGAUGGCCGCGCAACAUCUGGUGGUACUUACCAAGCGUACCCAAGGGUUCUGUGAACUUAUCUAAGCCACCUCCGUCUUCCACAUAUCCAACUUUCAACACUCACUUUUCGCUCAUUCUUACUGCACAGCAUGCAUUAAUCC